AUGGAUUCUACACCGGUGAAUUGGGAAGCGCUUGAUGCUCUGAUCAUCGAUUUCGUUAGCUCUGAAAACCUGAUUGAAGAAGCCGGCGCGAAUUCGUCUCCAUCUCCACUAUCGUCUCCUUCUUCUUCAUCGCCUCCUUCUAUUUCCUCUUCGUCUUAUCACGCUAGAUUGAUCAUUCGCCGGAUCCGAAACUCGAUUGAAUCCGGUGAUAUUGAUACCGCAAUCGAUAUCCUUCGCUCUCACGCUCCUUUUGUUCUAGAUGAUCAUCGGAUUCUAUUUCGCUUGCAGAAACAGAAAUUUAUUGAGCUUUUGAGAAAAGGAACACAUGAAGACCGUGUUGCUGCAAUUGCUUGCUUGAGGACUUCUGUUGCUCCAUGUGCUCUUGAUGCCUACCCGGAAGCUUAUGAGGAAUUCAAGCAUAUCCUUCUUGCACUCAUUUAUGAUGAAAAUGAUCAAACCUCUCCAGUAGCUAACGAGUGGGCAGAGAAAAGAAGGUAUGAAAUGGCUGGAAUGAUGUCAUCUGUCUUGAGAGCUUCUUUACAAGCAUAUGAUCCGGUAUUUUCAAUGACACUAAGAUAUCUGAUAAGCAUACAUAAAGGAUUUUGUUUUCACCAAGGAAUUUCCUCCACAGUUUCCGAUCUCACCCAUAGAUUGCUCCUGGAGGAGCGUGAUGCACCAGCCACGCCUCCGGAAAGCAUGUAUGAAGUACCACCGUUUGAUGAGGUGGACAUACAGGCUCUUGCUCAUGCGGUUGAGCUCACUAGACAAGGUGCUGUUGAUAGCAUGAAGUUUGCCAAAGGUGACCUUUUCCAGGCAUUCCAGAAUGAAUUGUGCAGGAUGCAAUUAGAUGUUUCGGUUCUUGAUGAACUUGUUAAGGAGUACUGCAUAUACAGGGGUAUUGUGGAUUCAGAGAUGCAAAUGAUCUUGGUUCCUGCCAAGCGCAACCAAUCGGAGGUGGGCCACAGCUUAUCCAGAGAUUGUUCUUCUGAAAUAGAUCUCAACACUAGUCAAUAUUCAGAUGUUGAGAAUGAUAGCAACAAUAGCAUGCUUGAUGGCGCUAUCAUAAAUGAUACCGAAAUGUCUAGCAAACAAGGAGGUGACAUUGGCACACGUCAUGGCAGUGAACCAACCAGCGGUUGUGAAGAUUGCAGCACUAGCUGGUCAAACCAAUGUGAAAACACAAGAGCUCUCCUUAGAAUCAGAUCCCAUAUGAAUUCUGAGGGGAAUAAGCGCAAAAGAUGGCGAGGGAGAGCUGAUGAAAUCGAUUGUCUCUCUGAUCUUUCAUUUCCCAAGUCCAGUUCAGGCUUAAACCCUGUAAAGGACAAGUAUGAGUUAGCCAUAGCAAUGAAGGAAUUGGUUAGCAGAGGAAUGGCGGCAGAAGCUGUUUACGAAAUCAGCACCAUGGAUCCAGAUUUUUUCACACAAAACCCGGCUUUACUUUUCCAUCUUAAGCAGGUUGAAUUUCUAAAACUGGUGAGUGCUGGUGAUCACGAUGGAGCCCUAAAGGUUGCGCGCUCUCACUUACGUCCCUUAGCAGACAACAACCAGUCUUUAGAGAAGCCAUUGAAGGAGACUUUGGUAGUUUUACUCCAACCCGACGGGAACACACUUGGGAAAGAUUUGCCUUUGAAUGAUCUUGCAAAUACGCUACAGGUUUCUGUCGGUAAGAGGCUCGGGAUCAAAGAACCGCAGCUUAUGAAAAUAAUUAAAGCGACGCUUCACUCGCAUACUGAGUGGUUCAAGCUUCAGAUGUGUAAAGACCGGUUCAAUAAUCUUUUGAGGAUAGAUUGUUUGAAAGAAGUGAGCACUAAUUUGAUCGGUGCUAUCAAAUCAAGAUCGAAUAAAGAUAGCAACACAAACUUGUCGUCUCAAGUCACGACUACGUCUUCAAGCACCAUGACCUCCGAAGAUGGUGGUAGCAGCAGCUUGAUGACUCAGACUCAGACUUCGCCAAGAGAAGCUUUGUGGGAAGAAAGUGCAAUUGUUAAAGUAAUGGAAUUUCUGGCGUUACCGAGGUCUGAUGCAAUUCAACUUCUAUCACAAUACAAUGGAAACGCUGAGGAUGUGAUUCAGCAACUCUUUGGUUAG